GUCACUCAGUUGUAUGUCAAACAUAUUCACUUUCCAGUAUUACUAAGCAGUCUGUGGACUCUGUGGUACAUGCCAAACAUAAAAUCCGCACUCUCUUACUGUUUGUCUUUAAAGUAACAUCGUUCAGUUAUAAAUUAUCAAAAUGGCAAAUAUAGCUGCAAAACGUAUAAAAAGGGAAUUCAAGGAAGUAAUGAAAAGUGAGGAGGUCGCAGGAGGUGAUAUUAAACUGGAAUUAGUCAACGAUUGUUGGACAGAACUACAGGGUGAAAUUUCCGGACCACCGGACACACCAUAUGAGGGUGGGACAUUUCUGCUCGAGAUAAAAGUUCCAGAGACAUAUCCAUUCAAUCCUCCUAAGAUCCGGUUCAUGACGAAGAUUUGGCAUCCCAACGUAUCGUCAGCCACUGGGGCGAUCUGCUUGGACAUCCUCAAAGACCAGUGGGCGGCUGCGCUCACAUUAAGAACAGUCCUUUUAUCGAUACAGGCAUUGCUAUCGGCUGCUGAGCCUAACGAUCCCCAAGAUGCGGUUGUCGCUAAACAAUAUAAAGAAAAUCACGAAUUAUUUGAAAUGACCGCGAAGCAUUGGACAAAUAUAUACGCCGGUGGACCCACAUGCAUCUGUGAGUUCAACCAGAAAGUCCAGCGCAUCCAAGACAUGGGAAUCGAUGAGCACCAAGCUAGGGUGGCCCUCUCUACCUACGACUGGGAACUGGAACGAGCUACAGAACAGCUAUUCUGUUAGUCACCCAAAUGUCUAGUUGUAUAAUUUUAAACUCCCCCCUCCCAUCAAGAUAUCUCGUGAUAUAGUAUCAUGAGCUCAAUGCUGUAUCUGUUGAUUUAAUUUUUAUUUUUAAAGUUUAUUUAGUUUCUGUGAUCUAAUUGUCUGAGUCCGUGUGUGACGUUCUGAUAACGUCGAUAUGAUUCUGUCAUGCUAAGGAACAAUUCCAUAGUCAAGUAUAGAAUAAGUAUUUAAUCCAGCUGGUUUAAUUGUCAUAAUAUUCGCCCGAUUUAUGUAUUUAACAAACACCUAGUUUCAAAUGAUCUUAACACCAUAUUGAAUUUUUAAUAGGAAAGUUUUCUGUCCGACAGAGAAUUGUAAACAAAGAAAAAGGAGGAACGAACCUUCCACCAGGAAACAUUGUAACACCUGUUCUGUACCUGUAACAUAAGUAUAGUGUUGAUUCUGUGCAAAGUGAAAAAUGGCGUAAAUGCAUGAAAAUCCAAACUAUAUAUAAAAUAUUUUCAAUUAUGUCUUUGUUGUGAU